AUGGGGACUAGGCUAAAUAAACGGUACAUUGAAACUAUGGAAAGCUCCUCCUCGUCUAACGAUGAAAAUGUUACUGAAGUAGAUGACGAUGAAAACAAUCCUACUCGUAUUCGUAUGAAACAUCAUAACGAUUAUACAGAGGACGAAGACGACGAGUUAUUAGAAAUAACUCGUCCAAAAAAAUUUAACAAGCUGUCAACUACAACGACUAGCUCACCUACUUCCCAUUCCUCGAACGAAUCAGCAUUCCCUAAGAAACACAGAUCGUCAUCAACUUUCUCCGUUGCUAUCACCCCGAACCGAUAUCACAGUAGCAGUGAACAUUCACACACCCCGAAGUAUCAUCAACUCUACGAUCCUGCUGUUGUCUUGUCUCAAAAACAUUCUAGUCCCCUCUAUGAACUUUUUGACAGAAAUCACAAACGAACUCCUCAAAAAUACUAUCCCUCCAACACUUCAAGGUCCCUGAAAACCAAGGACUCUAGUUCUCCUCCGCGCUCCCCUUCCGAUAACUCAAGCCGUACGGCAGAAGAGGAACAGGACGAUGACAAUGUAUCUUUAUACACUUUGUCCGACGACGAUUAUUCACUGUCGAAUGACAUAGAAGACGACGAAGGCGAAGACAGUGAAUAUGUUUACAAAAGUGAAAGAAAAAGCCAGAGAAAACGUACUCGUCGGAGCACCCGUCGAAAACGGCGUAAGCCUUCGCCUGCUCCUGUUCGGCGGUCCAGUCGCAUUAAAAACAACAUGGCUGACAAGCCGGCGGGUUCUGCUCAAAACGCUGCCGCAUCUUCACUUCGACGAAGUAGAUCUGCUACGUUUAGCAGUAUCCGUUCUUUUCCACCAGCAGUCUUGGAUGCAUUUUCCAAACUUCCACUGGGUAUUGGCAACAGCGAUACAACGGGGUUUGUAUCAUCAAGUGACAAUGACACUCUAGAUGAGUUUGACAUUGAUACGUUUCUAGAGCAUGCUCCUCGCAACGAACGUGUGGAAGAUUCAGAAGUGAAUCAGACUCUUACACUUUCGCAAGGCAGUCAAACCUUAGCCUCCAAUUCUACUCAUCUUGACUAUUCAGUGACCUUUAACUCCAUUGGUGGUCUGGAUGACCAUAUAAUGCAGUUGAAGGAAAUGGUAAUGCUACCAAUGCUUUAUCCGGAAUUAUUUACACACAUGCACAUCCGUCCUCCUCGCGGCGUUCUUUUCCACGGUCCGCCUGGUACGGGAAAAACAUUACUUGCUCGUGCACUGGCCGUAGCCUGUUCUACGCAAGAACGAAAAGUUUCAUUCUUUUUGCGAAAAGGUUCGGACUGUCUCAGCAAAUGGGUGGGUGAAGCAGAACGCCAGUUGCGUUUGCUGUUCCAAGAAGCCCGCAAAAAUCAGCCGAGUAUAAUUUUCUUUGAUGAAAUAGACGGUCUUGCUCCCGUCCGUUCACAAAGACAAGACCAGACUCACGCGUCUAUCGUCUCAACACUGCUGGCUUUAAUGGACGGACUGGACGAUCGGGGUCAAGUCAUAGUCAUCGGAGCCACGAACAGACCCGAUUCUCUCGAUCCCGCUUUGCGAAGACCAGGCCGUUUCGACCGUGAAUUCUACUUUCCGCUUCCUGAUCGAGCUGCUCGCUACAAAAUUCUUUCCAUUCACACUAGGCAUUGGAAACCUCCUAUUUCACGAUCCUUACUAAUGCACUUGGCGUCCAGUACAAACGGCUAUGGAGGAGCCGACCUUCAAGCACUUUGUACAGAAGCUGCCAUGAACGCCAUUCGUCGUACCUUUCCAGACAUCUUUAAGGCGAAUGAAAAACUCUCCAUAUCACCAGAAAAUGUACAAGUCACAGCCGAAGAUUUCACCCAUGCCCUUAUGCAUACCAAGGUAUCCACACGGCGAUCUAAAACAGCCAUUGUUCAAUCUCUGGAUACUGCCCAUUCUGCAUUGCUACAAUAUUCGUUGAAUACUAUCGUUUCCCGAUUAAAUCGGGUAUUUCAACUUCAUCCAUCCGACUCAAAUAAUCUUUCUGUUCUUCGGAAUCAAAAAAACAAACAUUCUCAUAAUGAACAAGAGCUCAAAAAUCUUACUGGCUUAAUGCAUUUUCAUUCCCAUAGGCCGAAAUUGAUUGUGACGGGACCUGCUGUUUCUUUCGAUCUGGGCACACUCUUUAAUGACCCAGAACAGCAUGUUGAAGCAAAAAUGAUUGAGUUAUUUUCAAUCGCAAGGCAACGGCAACCUAGUAUCCUGUACAUACCUGACAUUGAUACAUGGCAGGCCUUGUUACCUGAAGGAACGCUCAACUUUUUCUCUCAUUUGCAUAAAAGCAUUCCGCCAUUGGAGAAGGUUUUGCUUUUGGCAUUCUCUAAUGUCUCUUUUGAGGUACUUCCUUCUAUCAUUCAGAGUUGGUUCAGUCCGAGCGAAUCCUUCUGUGUUCGGCUCGAACCCGUCCCGGCCGAGAAUCGAAGACAAUUUUUUGACGAUCUUUUGAAUUGGGCCUGCAAGUUUCCUUUAAGCUGUGAUGAGGUUAAUGCUUUUUCACACAAUCGUCCUACUACCAAACGGACAGUAACGAUAUCCAAAAACAACGGUGAUAUCCAUCAAAAUAGGAUUCAGAAAAUGCGGGACCUAAGAACAAAAAAUAAGCUACGCUUGAAGCUUAACUCAAUUUUGGAACAGCUACGUUCGAGGUAUCAACGAUUCAAAAAACCACUUAUUGAUCUUGAUGACAUUUAUGUCCCUGCAAUGAAGGAUGAGUUGCCAACGAGUAUAAUCGAAGCAUACCAAUACGAAGUUGUAGGGUCUUUUGUCGUCGAACGAGCAACAAACAAGCGGUUUACAAUGAUGAACUUGGCUGAAAUUGAAAGACGUGUAUGGAAUGGUUAUUACGCUGAACCGAAGGAAUUCUUUGAUGACGUGAAAGCCAUUGUUACGGAUGCUACUGCAUCCGGUGAUUUUACGUUAAAGAGACGAGCAAAAGAAAUGCUCAUCAAUGUUCAAUUUGCGAUGGAAGAGGUCAUAGAUGCUAACUUUCUUCAUGACUGCAAAUCAGUUGCUCUUCGAGCUUCUCAAAAGAACUCAAUAGCAACUGAAGACAAGCCACCACUUGAACCGAAAGACAAAAAUGAAGAGGAGCACGAAAGCGACGAAGAAAUUCCAGAAGCACUGCAACCGUUUUCGGUCUAUGAAGAAAUUGAAGAUUCUGAGAAUGAACUGUCAAUGAACGAACUCACUUCCGAACCACUAGAUGAUGUACUGGAAGAGCAGCAAGCAGCAGAUAUACUGCUCGGCGAACGUCAACCAAGCGGAACAGAACUCAUUUCCACACGGCUAAAGCUCUCCACUGUCGAUUAUGAUCGUACACUGAACAAAAUCACAGAUGCCACUCGAAACUACAGAGUCGAUGAACUUGACUACAUGUAUGUUAGAAUGAGUCGGGCACUUUGGCGCCGCAGGAAAGGCCGGAACCAGGUCAUCGUCUUAAAAGACGCUGUCACCGCUUGCUACAAAGCUAUGGUACACUUACACAACGUACGAAUGGCCCGUUCGUCCUCAUCUACCGAGCAAAUAGAUUAA